AUUAAUAAUCAAAGAAUUAAUUGACAAUAAAUUGUCUUCCAAAUCCAUAGGACCCAUUCCUCCAUUACCAGCAGUAGAGCAUAUCCACGUAAACAAAAAAAAUUCAAAAACAGAGAAGAACCCCUGGAAAUAGACAAGUCUGAAUUGUCGUAGAUUAAAACUAAUCCACCCCUGGGCCCCAUUUUUUCUUCAGCCCCAGGAGAAUCUGCAGAAUCCCCUGAAGACCCGAAGGAGUCAAAACGACGAAUAAUCCCUCCAGAAAAUAAAAAAAAUCCACACAAACUCAGACCUCCAAGAUGGCGUCUGUCACGUACAUCUGAUCGGGAGGUGUGAGUCCCCCUCUCAUUCUAACACACAACCCAAUGGUGACUGUAACGGGAUUUUUUCAGUGGUUAAAUCAUCAUUCAUUUCCCAUCAGCGUAAAUGUCUCCCUAAUCCCCAGAAGAAGUUGUCAAAGGGUUUGAGUGCCACAUGAGGAAUGACUGGCGCGGGCUCGAUGAAUUUGGAUGUCAUCGGAGCCGCCGGCGGCGCGCACUAAAUCAUCACAAUGUUCAGCAAGAAACUUCAUGUAGACGUGAAGAAGUCGACGCUGAAAAUCCAGGAUGUCAAGAAGGACAGUGCAACGAGAUUCAAGCAUCUGAAGAUCGUCCUAGAAAAUGUCGACACGGACGAGGCCAAGGGCUUCUUCGAGGGCAACUUCAGUCAUGUUUACUUUAUCCUGUAUGACUGCUUCGUUACUGCGGAGGCCAAUCUUCGACAGAGAGAACUAUCCUUCCAUCUCGUGCACAAAGCGCACCGUGAGGAGCUCGAACAGGUUCUCCAGCUGCUGGAGAAGGUGCUGACACUCCUCCCCGAAUUAUUGAACCGUCGAUGGCAAUGCCACAGCCUAGCUCGAAUCCUCCACAAGCUACUUCACCCGGGAAACAGCUGGAAGCUGCGUCGCCAGGCUCUGCGCUACUUCAUCCUGUGGUACCAAGCCCUGGGUGAGAAUGCACCAGAGCACAUUCACCAGAUGUUCGCCUCCCUGGUCCCAGGUUUUCCUCCAGCACCAGCCUCGAGUCGCCCUGAGCGUCGCAAGCCCCCGAAUCCGCCAAACCAGGAGGAAAAGGAGAAACGAGAGUUCUUCGACACUCAGCACGUCACCUCGAUCUUCCACUGCAAUAAUUCCCAGCAGGGGCCAGUGACUCAGCCCAACGGUACCCCAUUGUUACCUGUCCAGAGUGGUGAAAAACCCCUGGACAACGAGACCCUCCGUUUCUUCGAGGCCCUUUUAGAGUUCAUGGUUACCCAGGUAGUGAAGGUUGAGUGGAGGGACAAGCAUCCACGUCAGCACAAGUGUUUUCAAUUUCUCUUGGAACGAUUCAAAGCGACUUAUCUGAGAUAUAUCUGUCCAGAAUUCGAUGACACAUUUUCUUUGUACAAACCCUCCCUGGAGUUGCCAACAAUGAGACAGCAGUCGCCAAAUUCUCAGAGUAAUUAUACCCUCUGCAAAGUGGCCCUCAUAAAGUGGCUAGCGAGCUUCACCCACGUCACCAAGAAGGACACCUUUAUCAACCCUCAAACAACACCCAACGAGGAACACGACGAGUCCAAAAGGAUUUCGAUAAAUCAAAGUGUCGACUCCAAUUCAUUAUCUCCAGAUAUUCAGGACUCACAGCCUGACGAUGGCCAAGCGGCUGUUCUUCUAGUUCGAGAGGUGCUCUAUGCAAGCAGAGACAAUGUGAAUUUUGUUCAUGAAAUUUAUCGACAGGCUUUUCUCUUGGACUUCACUCACGCGGGGGCCAUUCGAAAGGCCAUUGCUGUCUACAAGGACUGGGUGCAGAUGAAUGAGAUUCCUCCCUUUAUGCUGGAGCCCCUGGAGAGUCACAAGGAUAAGGAAGAGGAGCUCGUGAGGAGGGAGGAGAAUGAUAAGAGUGACAAGAGUCCUUCUGACAGCUGGAGACAGGGGAGGCUGAGAAAUGAUUCGUACCUGGGAGCCAUCCACAGGGAGAAUCUCUUCGUCCGGGCCGGAUUGCAGAGUGUACUUCAAAUUUUUAUCACUCAGGCGUCCAAUGUUUUUUUUCUGGAGAACUCUGGGGGUCUGGCAAGUGCUGCUCUCCUGGAGGAGCAGAUUGACAGCUGCAAGAGAGUCCUCAAUGUCUAUAGGUACGUGGUGAUGCACGCCAGAUUAGAACCGAGCACUUGGGAUCAGCUGCUGAGGGUUCUUCUGCAAAUUACGUCACUAGUCCUUGGGGAUAAAUCCUCCAGGCGAAAACAACAUGAGAGUAUUGGAGGAAAAUUAGCUCCUGCUAUCUUUCAGACUCUGAUCGUCACCUGGAUCAAGGCCAAUCUUAAUGUAGUUAUUCUUACACAACUCUGGGACGAGUUCCUCGAGGUGCUGACUAGUCUCACCCAGUGGGAGGAGCUCAUCAGGGAAUGGGCCAAAACUCUGGAUACUCUGACGAGGGUAUUGGCAAGACAUGUUUAUGGCCUGGACCUUAAUGAUUUACCCCUAGACCGACUCAGUGAACAGAAGAGCAAGAAAAGAAGAGGUGUGGGAUGCAGGACUGCUUCGGCGAGUAAUGUUCAAAGCCCCAGGAGGGGCAGCAUCGACAGGGAGACCAGUACCAUCAAGGAACAUGUGCCAGACCAUCCGUCUCGAGAGUUCCGAAAGCACCGACCACUGCCACGCAGCGUGAGUGACAACAACAUCUAUAGCCUGAAGAAUCGUACAAAACUUCAAAAAACUCGAGCACAAGUCACUCACUUCGAGAUCCCAGCACUUCCCAUCUCGAUUGAAAGAGAUAUGGCCAAACUGGUGAACAACAGUGUCACGAGUACAACGACAGCUGGAAGGAGGAGAACUCUCACUGGGAGACGUGCCAAGUCAUUGGACAGUGUCGUUGUUCCUGACAGUGAACCUGCAACCCCUCGCUGUCCAUCACCAACACCGAGCAGUGGUGUUGACUCCAACAAGGACAGUCCCAUUCAGAUCGAGAAUAUUGAUGGAAGCAGCAUUGACACAAGUGAUGCAUCAGAAAGGCGUUCAGUGAUGGCAGGUGGAAACGUUCGAGGUUGGCUGCCAGAUGUGGCAGUGGUCCUGUGGAGGCGAAUGCUGUCAGCCCUGGGUGACGUGAACAACAUUGAGGACCCAGUGCUCCACGGUCAAGUGAUGGAGUACCUGGUGCAGUUGACACAGACCCUGAUAAAAAUUCGAAUGAAUCAGGGUGUCUCAGGGGACAACCAGGCAACACCUCCAGCCCCAGAGUUGAUUCCACCCUUAACAGUGAUAGCCCCCUGGUGUUUCAAGGCAAUUCAACUGCCCCCUCGCUACGAAGUGGGAAAACUCGCAGCCUAUCGUCUAAUUUGUCUCUUGACAGUUCAACCUCUCGACAUAAAUCUCCCCAAGGCCCAUUUAACUCUCUUCUAUCGAGCUGUCCAUAACGGAAUCACCAGUAACGACACCAAAGUCAUUCAUGCCCUCAUAAAAUACACUGGCCCUCGAUUCUUCAGUCUCAAACUGCCAGGAUCUAGUCUGUUGAUCCUGGAUUAUAUCCACGCUGCCAACAGUAUCCUGGGGAGUCAGGAUAUCGAGGCACCGAGGACAGAGGCUGUAUCAAUUCUGGGAUCACUGCUGUCUCUGCCGAUAUCUGGGGGUAAAUUUCCUGUCUUUCAACCUAACUCCAAUGAGAUCGAGACCAUCAUGUGCCCUGAUGCCAAGGAAUUGACCCUCAAUAUUCUCAUGAGGAGCUGCAGGAGGGAACCAACUGGUGUUGCCAGGUGUAUUGCACUCUCCAGCAUCGCGAUGUUCGCUUAUGGAGAACUCUGCCACAAGACACAACACCCAAAAGUACCUGAGGCUGUCACUGUUCUGCUUCAGGCUCUCAGGAGGGCACACAGGGCUGGAAGGCGACGGGACCGGUUCCAUGCACUAUUCCCGUACAAGGCAACUCAUCCCUCAGUGGCUCAGGUCGCCUGUGAUUCACUGAUUCUUCUGUGUGACAAAGCAGACGUUUUAUUGGAGGUCUGUCCAAGGGUUCCAUACAAAAUAAUUCAGAUUCUCUCUGAAACCCUGGACACGAUGACAGUCCGUGAGCGUCGGAGUGCCCUGACAACGUCAAUGCUCUUCUGCUUGGGUGAAUGGGCGAUGCAUCUCGGCCCCAAAGUUCUCUCUACAACAUUCCAGGGUAAACCUCUCCUCCUGACGAUCUUCACAGUGCUCGACAAUAUAAUGCAGAAUAAAUCCGACAAGUUGAUCCAUGACCUGUCACGUCACUCUCGCCACCAGAGUGACGAUCAGGAGGACUUCGACCAGGACAUCACGAUUGACGACUUGGGAAAGGAAACCAAUAACUCUCCACGAUCCUCCAACGCCCAGAGUGUGCAAUUAGCAGCGAAAAUGGUAACAAUGCACCUUGUGAAUCACCUGGGUCAUUUUCCCAUGGGAAUAGGAGCGGCUCGUCUCUCCUCGACAGUAGUAGAACUAGACGAUGUUCCAGGAAUAGACGGUGACGAAUUAUCAUCAGCGAUAUUUCACGCUCCAAACAUCCAACUCUUGAUGCUCUCAAAUUCCAUUAUAAUGUCGUUAGUGGAGUUGCAGGCACUGGAGCCAACAGAGGGUCUGGUUACAGCUCCCUCGAUAGUUCGAGUGCUGCUUCGAGAUCUGGCUGGAAAAGCAGCCUGGGACUGCUCAAUCCUCUAUCGUCAGCAGGAGGAGAGAGAGGACAGGGAUCAGAAAGAUGUGAGAGCCACAACGACUUCCCUGGACCUUCAGGAGGACAACGACUCCCUUAAUCGCGUGAGCCAUCCCCCGAGGCAUUUGACAAGGCCCAGAGAACCCACGAUCCUCCCAACGUUCGCCAAUGCUGCCAGUGACAUGGACAAUCUCGAUGACCUCCUCAAUUACAUCGGCCACACCUCCCCAGAGGUUCUCACCAACCCAGAGCUCCCUCUCAAUGCCCCAGCUAAUGCUCCUCCAGUCAACUGCAUGGAGCACGAAACCAUAACAGCAAUUAUCAAUCAGAGAAACACCUCCAGGGAGUACGUCAACAACUGGAGUCAUCACGUCAGCAUGAGGGCAACUCCAGCUGUUCCACCACCUUCGAGACCACCUCCAGCCCCUUUCCAUCAUUGCAGACUCCUAUUCUCUCAUCUGGGUCUGUCAGGAUGGGAGCAACGGAGGAGAUUGCACCUGCUGUCGAAGAACGAGAAGUUGCUGAGGGAACUCAGGAAUCUCGAUGGCCAGAGGUCCAGGGAAACCCACAAAAUGGCUGUUAUCUAUGUGGGACAGGGGCAGGAGGACAAGAACUCUAUCCUGGGGAAUGUCAAUGGGAGCAAGGAGUACGAAUCUUUCGUCGCUAGACUCGCCUGGGAGGUGGAACUGGAAAGUCACACUGGGUUUAUGGGGGGUCUAGUUCCUGGAAAGGCCAGUGGAACCACUGCCCCAUAUUUUGCCACUUCCUUCGUGGAGAUCCUGUUCCAUGUGGCCACGAGGAUGCCCUCUGAUAGCCCUGAGAGCCUUCUGCAGAAAACUAGACAUCUGGGGAAUGACGAGGUUCACGUCGUGUGGUCGGAGCACUGGAGGGAUUACCGGAGGGAUAUCAUUCCUACUGAGUUCUGUGAUGUGUUGAUUGUUAUUUAUCCUCUGCCGAAUAAAUUGUACAGGGUGCAGAUCGCCAGGAAGCAGGAGAUUCCGUUCUUCGGGCCACUCUUUGAUGAGAGCAUUGUCGAAGAUUGUGUCCUCCCUGGACUCGUCAGGGCGACUGCACUCGCUGCCAGUAGAGCGAAGAGGUCUACUCUGUCGUUGUAUCAGCAUUACUACGAAGAAAGGAAUCGUUCCAUUGAUACAGUAAUGAGAAAUCACAAGGAGUCAACUACAUUCGAGGAAUUCGCUGCCAAUGUUUACGCACCUGUUCAACCCAUCAGUCCAUUCAGUGGAGGAUCAUCCGUCACUGGGUCGAUUGCAAGUGUUCAGUCAACAGCAUCAUCGAAUCUAGCUGCAGCCCUUCUGGACUCUCAUCACGGUCGUCCCAGUCUUCGAAAUAAUUCAGCCUCGAGUGGUGUAGAUAAUCGCACGAACAGAGCCUCUGAUGGGAGCAGAGUUUGGUUCAGUGCAGACACUCAGGAUAGUCCAGCACUUCACGGUAUAUCCCCUCGGCCCUUGAAGAAGAUGUCUUUCAAAACGGGCCCAAAACACCGAAGCAGCAGUACUCAACAGUCGACGCCACCAGACAGUCCGAGAUACAAAUGAAAUCUCAAUUAUUCUCUGUACAUCGGCGUUUUCUGUUUUCCGUCCCUUAGGUUUAAUUCAGUUUUAUCUUUUUCUAUCACUAUUUACAGAUUUGUUGACAUCUGUUCGUUUCGAAUAAUUUAUUAUGACACCAAGUGAAUUAUCGUCUUGAAACAAUGAGGGAUUUUUCGAGUUGAGAGCUAUUCGCGAGACAAUUACAAAGUUCCAACAAUGAAAAUUGAAUAUUAUUUCUAAUGUUUUAGAUUUCAAAAGAAAAUCAUGAAAAUUCGAGUUUUUGUUCGAUGGAAUUUAUGGGAAAACGUAUCGAGAAUAUGAUAUUUUAUAAUAUCAGUUGAUGAAUGGACGAUUUUCUGAUAAACUAAUUACUUUCAGAGGUACUUUCAAGAGAAUGAACUUCAGUUGAACCAAAAAUAGAGCAUGAAACAUUCCUUAAUGAGUUUUUCUCAAUGGGAAUUGACGUAGCACUGUAAAACCGUAAUUUUUACGUGUUUCAAUGAAGUAAUUGAGGUCAGUUGAAUUUUUAUCACUUGGAGACUAGACUUUAUCGAUACUUAGGCAUUAACCGGAUGAUUGAAUUAAUUAGGUGGACAUAAUUACAUUUAAAACUGAAAAAAGAAACAGGAUGAGAGAAAUAAGUGUUAAUCAUGGCCAAAGCAGCAUUAUUUUUUCACUAAUUAGCCGACUAGAUGACGAGUGAGAGUUCGAGAGAGAAAAUAUAUUGUAUGUAAUGUACAUAAGUCACUGUACGAUAAGUGAGGGCCACACCGGGGCGAAGAGAAAAAUUAACGAGAGAAAAAAAAUCGAGUGAAAUUCAUUUUUCUUUUUUUUUAACAUGAACGAAUGGAUUUUAACCGCACGAUGCGCUUCGAUCAAAGUGGAAUUAUUAAUUAAUGUCAGCGUGUCUUUAAGUAUUAAAAAUAUCAGGCACACGAGAGAUGUUAUUUAAUGAGAGCAAUGGAAAAAAAUCGUAACAUUGUACUUAAUAUUUGGAAAUACCACUUAUCGAUUUAACAGGUUAAUUGAUAAUUGAAUGGAUUAAUUGUCCUGGGGGAUUAUAAUAUAUUUUUCUCAUUUAUUGUUCGAUUAUUGAGGUGUCCAGGAUUAAUUGUAUCCUGGGGAAGGCGAGAAAUAAAUUAUUA